AUGCCCUCAAUUGAUGCUGAUACGCCCCUUCCCUCAACUGAGGGUAUCGCGGAAACCAACUCCAGUCCACCUUCCAACAGACACCGCACUCCUUCCGUCUCUCUUACCCCUCCUGGCGGGACCAGGGAAGAGUCCCAUGGGCUCACAUCUGCCAUCAGCAACAUUCGUCUCUCCGACACAAAUGGUAAUCUCGAAAUGAUCAUCGAGACUCUGCUAACAUGUUCAGGACACGCAUCUCUCUCCCCAGAACCAAGGCGUUCCAGGAAUGGCACCCCCCGAAGACGGCGUUCAAGCACUGGUGCUGUUCAGCAGCAUGAUGUUGCCGACGAAGAACUCCCCAAUGAUGCAUUCCACUCCCCCGAAUUCCAAGGGGCUUUUCGAGAUGCAAAGCAGCUGAUGUCCAACAUUCAGUCCGUGCUGGGAAGCUCAAAUGUCCACGAAGGGUCCGAGUCAACCAUGCGAAAACUUCACGAAGAGGCUGGUAAGCUCGCUGCGUUUGAGUACCCAGCAACUCGUACCGUUGGAUUCGUCGGAGAUUCUGGCGUUGAGUACCAUUAUCACAAUCGCGACACGCUUGACAUCCGAGUCAAUCUGUUCUCGAUGGAGGAACUCCAAGAUCAACUCGGUAGACUGCUUCAGGUUUAUCGCACGUUUGAACUUCAUCAGGAUGAGAUUACUGAUGCCGCUGAGCGUCAAGACAUGGAGGCAAAUGCCAAAGUGGCCAAGGAUACGUUUCAAGCCAUGUUUCGUGGCCGACUGGUUGAUGAGGCAUUCCUGAUUCGUGAGAAUUAUGAGGAUGUCCUCAAUCGGCUAACUAGUUGGGCAGCUGAUGCCCGGCCUUCACCCUUGAUGACUCUUCAUACCGGCCUCUCGACGCAAGCUUGUUCCAACACAUUGAUGGAGCUCUCUUCUGAACCGGCAUCAAGAGAUUCUCCAGCGACGUGGCCCUACAUUCGAAGCAUCAACCGAGGCUUGAUUCUUGUAGAUCUUCCCGGCCUUCGCGAUCUCAACUCUGCUCGAAGAAUCAUCACCGAACGCUAUCUCCUGGAGUGCAACGAGAUCUUUGCAAUCUGCAACAUUGGUCGUGCGGCUACUGACGAGGGCGUUCAUCAAGUUUUUGAUUUGGCCGACCGUGCUCGUCUGUCAAAUGUCGGCAUUGACAUCGACCCCGAAGAGUCAAUUCGAGAUUGGCCAGGCAGAAGGGCGAGGCGCAUUGAGCAGUUACUGGAGCAUAUUGAAGCGACCACAAAGGAAAUCGAGGAACUACAGGAAGAUAUUGACGACUACGAGGCGAGCGAUCUAUCGGAACAGGAAAGACAGGAACUUGCGGAAUGCCGGGGAGAUCAACGACAAGCAAGACUCAAACAAUAUCUGAUCACAACCCGUAAUCAGAUCAUCACCGACUCACUCAACACCACCUACGCCGGCCGCGUGACACCCUCUAGAGUCUUUUGCGUGAGCAACACAAUCUACUGGCAAAACAGAACUGCCAAAAAGUCAGAGGCCAGACGACAUCUCGACCUCAGUGGCAUCCUGCAAGUCCGAAAACAUUGCAUCUCGAUUGUCGCAAACAGCCAACGACGCAUCGCUACACAAUACAUGAAAGACCAGAUCCCUGCGUUGCUUGCAGACAUUGAGCUAUGGGUCCAAUCCGGAGCCCGCACUGCGAGUGAAGAACGUCGUGAGGCACUCUGCCAAACUCUCGAUAGUGUUGAGCGUCGUCUGAGGAAGAUCGACAUAUUUCUUCAUGGAGCCGGUCAGCCAAAGGUGCAAGCCAGGAUUGGGCAGGGUGGCAUCACAGAGGCUAUGGAUGAUAUGGUUACUGAUCUUGAAGGGCCUUGGGAGGACAUGUGUGGCACUAUACAGGAGAGGCAGUCGAGUAUGCUUCAGAAUGCGGACGAAUUCGCAGACAUGGCUAUUGAGAGACUUGCUCUUGAAAACCGUCAGAGUAUAUUCCUGGCUGCUAUUGAAAAGGUCAAUGACGACUUUGACAACAGCCUCAGGAUCCUCCGCAUCGAGUCGCUUUCCGCCCUUCGAAGUUCACUCUUCGGAAAAGCGAUGGAACCAUUCUACAACAAAUGCAAUGCCGAAUUCGGCCGUGGAAGUGAUGCCCGUCGCAAGGCAAUCAUCAGAGGAGCAUUGAGCGACGAAGAUUUGUUCCAAAAACUCAUGAGAAGUCUCAAAGAUAGUUUCAAGGCCAAUUCAGAGGCCACUCAGGAGAAGAUACAGGAAGCGAUUGUGGAGUAUCUGCGCGUUGUUGAGCAACGGUUUGACCUCGUGCGGAGUGAGAACGUCGCUCGAGAAAGCGAGCAGGAUCCAGACUUUCGACUUCGCGUUGAGCAAGUUGCGCGAGCUGGAAGGGAGACUAUGCAGAGGGUUCAUCAAGUUAUCUGA